AACGAGUCAAUACGCCGACUCACGCGCAAUCUCUGGGACACUCGUAGGGAAAUGACCGCCUUACAAGCGCGCGAAACCGACCUCAUAGCUUCAUUACGCGGCCUGCACGCUCCUCAGCAUAUACUCGAAACUGGACAAGCGACCUCAGGUGAACUACUUCUGGGCUACAUUCAGCUUUCCAAGCUUGAAGAGCGUCUUGCUCAAGUGGAAAACGAACUGGAGCAAGAAAGUUACAAGCGCCUUCAAGCUGAGAGAGGUCUGAAUGAGAUUGAGAGAGAGAGCAGGGCUCCGUUUGUCAUUCCAGCUUUGUUUCGAGCGUUCCUGAACAUUUCUGAGAUG